UAUAUACAAACAUGUCAUUCCUGCAUUGCAGUUUUUGAAAGAUACCAUUUUUAUAUAAUUUUUAUAUACAAAGGAACUUUUGUUAUUUUAAAUAGAUCUGUUUCAAUAUUAUGACCAGUUAUAGCAGUUCGGUUUCAGUGACUGUUAACAAAUCUCCUAAUUCCGAUGCAUCUCGGAGCAAAAGUUGUGAAUCAGUAUGUACGACAAAUUCUAGUUGUUAUCUGCAAAGGAGGAAAGCAAAGAAUCCGUUAAUGUAUCCACUUCGAUCGAAUUAUACGAAGAUGACAACAAACAUUACAAAUUCAGUGAGACAAAGGGUGCUUUCAGCAAAAUUACUGAAACUUAGGUCGAUCCAGAGUCAACUUAACGAUGCCAAUUAUCAUUUAUCGGAACUCAGUAAAGAAAAUCAAAUUCUGAAAAAUCUCCAAAAACGACAAGAUAAAGCACUUUCAAAAUACGAGAAUACCAAUGCUGAUCUUCCCCGUCUAAUUCGCUCUCACGAAGAACAACUCCGAAUUAUCACAGAAAAAAAUAAAGCACAACGAUUAAAAAUCAAAGAACUAAGCGACCUCCUAAAAAUACGCGACGAAGAGCUUCUGCGAACACAAGAAAAAUUAAUCCAUUUGGAAAAACUCAACAAAGAUAAACGGCUCAUUGACAGGGAAAAAAUGUUGGACCAAAUCGAGGAUUUGCAGGUUAAACUAAAAAACACAGAUGACGUUAAUAGUAUACUCAAUAGAAAAUUAACAUUGGAAACGAAAACAGCAAAACAGAGAUUGAACAAUGAGUCAAUGAAAUAUCGACUAGCGCAGAAGGAUCUGGCACAGGCUUUGGCAGAAAUUGACCGUUUAACUUCACUUUUGGAGGCAAGAGAAAAUGUGGUGCAUCCACGCAAAAACAGAUUUAAUAGGUUAACCAAUCAAUCCAUAUCUAUGACCACAUUGAGUUCAAUUCCUCAACCAUUAAAAUCGAAAAACUCGGAUAAUAAAAGAGAGAGACUGUCAACGAUAGCAGAUAAUGAGGAUACAAAAUUACCAGUUACAAAUAUAAAGUUAGAACCAAUAAAGUAUAUUAAAACUGAAGAGUCGUCUAGAAAAUCUAACGAUAUGCUUAGUAUACCAUCGGAAGUUAUUAAAAACAGACUGUCAAGCGGGUCCAAAUCAAGAGAAAGUGGUGAAUCGGAAAAUUGUUCAGAACUAUCCUUCGGCUUUUUCGAAUCUUACAGCGAAGAAAAAGGCAGUUUUGAUGAUGUUAGAACUAGCUCUACAGAGAAGAGUGAAAGAGAUGUUAGAACAAGAUCGGCAGACAUGAGUUCGUCAGAUAACAAUAAUAAAUCUUCAGAUGGAACUCAGUCGGAUACAAGUGAAGAGAGACUGGAAAAUAUAAGUUCAAAUGUGAAUGAUGCUAUUAAAAACGCUGCACAAAAUAUUGAGUCUGAGUUUCAGAAUAAACUAGGUACUUAUUGUUCCGACGUAGUGGCCAAUGUCAGAAAGUGCUCGGAACGACUGGAGUGCCAGAAGAAAAGUCUAAAGCUAUACAAAAAGGAUACAGACAUUCUGUUAGACACUUUCGAAAAAACAACAAAAUUUGAGGAUAAUCUCAAAGAUUCUUUUAAUUUCGAUCCUCUUAACGACGAUUUUCUAAAGGACAUUCUUUCAGAUAAUUACAUAAUCAAAAGCAAAAAGGAUAGAAACGGCAACGUGAAAAAGCAGGACAAAUUUAGUGUUUGUGAUAGAAAAAAGUUAUUAAACACGUUGAAGGCAAUAGAUGCAGGUGAUAGUAUUGAAAUUAUUGACGAGAUACCUACUCACAAGUUUAAGGAAAUGGAUCAGAUAAUCGGCUGAUAAAUGAGUUCAAAUAUAUUUGGUUGUUUAAGACAUUUACGUACAAUAAUCGGAUAAAUAAAGUAUUUAUUUAUUUAAUGUGAAUAUUUUAAAAUAAAUUUCCAAUCAAACUUGA